UGAAGGUACGAAGAUGAACUUGGACGUAUCCGGACAGGGUCGCACGGCCCUGUCCAAGCCAACAGCACCCCACACCUUAACCCUAGAACAUCUUUCAGACGCCUCCCUGCUCGCCCUGCUGGCUCUCGCGUUCUCAGCAAACCAGCGACGGCGACGGCGACCGCUCUUCACCGCUGCCCCCCUUCUCUUCUCGGGCGUCGGCAGAUCUGCGCGGGCCGCUAUCCUCUCCUUCCCGACAGGCGACAGUCCUUCCUAGCCAUGGCUGGGAGGCACACCAUUAUUCUGAUGCAACCAUCCCAAAACAGGAGCUCCAGGACGUUCAUGGAUUAUAAUUCAAUUAACCAUGCAUUGGAUGGAAUCUGUGGUCUCUAUGAAAGGAAAAUCAGGGAUAUCAACCCAAUGAUCCCGAACAUAACCUAUGACAUCACCGACCUGUACAACUUCAUCGACGGCCUAGCUGACAUCAGUGCGCUAGUCUAUGAUCACGAAAUCCAUGCGUUUCUGCCAUAUGACCGGCAGUGGAUAAAGCAGAAGCUGUUUCAGCACCUUAAGAAGCUGGCUCAAAGAUAGUGACUGAUGCGUGGUGUUUGGUUCAGUAUGUCGUCACCGGCAGGCAUGUGUGAUAAUUUGUGUCCGAUUAGUCCACCAGAAGGGUUUUUCUUGUACAAUGAUGAGAAUUUCACAUGGCAUGCUUAUAUUCUGGGUGUGAAACUCAUAGGUUGAUGGUGGUUUGCCUCCGGCACCCUAUAUAUAUGAGAUGAACGUAUAUUUGUUGUUUUA